CGGCUCAGCAGACUGCCCAGCAGCGGCCAAUCACAGUCACCUCCACAGGUGGCACAAGGACGUUUCAGCCUAUCAGGUGCUACUCGGCACCUGUGGCUUCUGAGCCGUUCUUGAAUGGGACGAGCUCCAACUACGUGGAGGAGGAACCCAACCUGGAGAGAAGCAGAGAGUGUUCACAAGUCGUGGGAUGUGUUUUUCCGGAACGCUAACGCCGGUGCUCCUCCCGGUGCUGCCUACCAGUCUCCUCUGGGUCUGUCCGCGGCAUCGAGCCUCGUCGCUCCUCAGCUGUCCUCACUGGUUGGAGCUCAGCCCAACGUGGAGAAGCUGGUGGAGGAUCACCUGGCUGUCCAGUCCCUCAUCAGGGCCUACCAGGUGAUGGGGCAUCAUAAUGCCCAGCUGGAUCCUCUGGGGAUCAGCUGUGUGAAUUUUGAUGAUGCUCCGGUCAAUACCGGCUUCCAGGACGUCGACGUGGCGGUUUUCAAGGAGAGGCUGAGAAUCCUAACGGUAGGAGGCUUCUACGGUCUGGAUGAGUCUGACCUGGACAAGGUGUUUCGCCUGCCCACCACCACCUUCAUCGGAGGGUCAGAGAGCGCCCUUCCGCUGAAAGAGAUCAUACGGCGACUGGAGAUGGCGUACUGUCAGCACAUCGGAGUGGAGUUCAUGUUCAUCAACGACCUGGAGCAGUGUCAGUGGAUCAGACAGAAGUUUGAGACUCCAGGAGUGAUGCAGUUCACUCUGGAAGAGAAGAGGACUCUGCUGGCCCGCAUGGUCCGCUCCACCCGGUUUGAGGAGUUCCUGCAGAAGAAGUGGUCUGCUGAGAAGCGUUUUGGUCUGGAGGGAUGUGAGUCUCUGAUCCCUGCCCUGAAAACCAUCAUCGAUAAAUCCUCUGAGAACGGAGUGGAGAACGUCAUUAUGGGCAUGCCUCACAGGGGUCGUCUGAAUGUUUUGGCCAAUGUCAUCCGCAAAGAGCUGGAACAGAUUUUCUGUCAGUUUGACUCUAAACUGGAGGCUGCUGAUGAGGGCUCUGGAGAUGUGAAGUACCAUCUGGGUAUGUACCACCGUCGUAUCAACCGAGUGACAGACAGGAACAUCACCCUGUCUCUGGUGGCCAACCCCUCUCACCUGGAAGCCGUGGACCCCGUGGUCCAGGGGAAGACCAAGGCCGAGCAGUUCUACUGUGGAGACAACGACGGGAACAGGGUGAUGUCCAUCCUGCUCCAUGGAGACGCAGCGUUUGCAGGUCAGGGUAUCGUGUAUGAAACCUUCCACCUGUCUGACCUGCCGUCUUACACCACACACGGCACCGUGCACGUCGUCGUCAACAACCAGAUCGGUUUCACCACAGAUCCUCGUGUGGCCCGAUCGUCUCCGUAUCCGACCGACGUGGCUCGAGUCGUCAACGCUCCCAUCUUCCACGUCAACGCCGAUGACCCCGAGGCCGUCAUCUACGUCUGCAAGGUGGCUGCUGAGUGGAGAGCCACGUUCAACAAGGACGUGGUUGUCGACCUGGUGUGCUACCGUCGGAUGGGUCACAACGAGAUGGACGAGCCGAUGUUCACGCAGCCGCUGAUGUACAAACAGAUCAAGAAGCAGAAGCCUGUUCUGCAGAAAUACGCUGAGAAACUGAUCGCAGAGGGAGCUGUGAGCCGCCAAGAGUACGAGGAGGAGAUCGCCAAGUACGAUAAGAUCUGUGAGGAGGCGUACGCACGCUCCAAAGACGAGAAAAUCCUCCACAUCAAGCACUGGCUGGACUCCCCGUGGCCCGGUUUUUUCACUCUGGACGGACAGCCAAAGUCUAUGAGUUGCCCCUCUACCGGUCUGACUGAAGAAAACCUGAACCACAUUGGACAGAUGGCCUCAUCUGUCCCUGUGGAGGACUUCACCAUCCAUGGAGGUCUGAGUCGCAUCCUGAAGGGCCGAGCUGAGAUGGUUCGUAACCGGACGGUGGACUGGGCUCUGGGAGAGUACAUGGCCUUCGGAUCGCUGCUGAAAGAGGGAAUCCACGUCAGACUGUCGGGACAAGACGUGGAGCGAGGGACAUUCAGCCACCGACAUCACGUCCUCCAUGACCAGAACGUGGACAAGAGGAUCUGUAUUCCCAUGAACCACCUCUCUCCCGACCAGGCGCCAUACACCGUCUGCAACAGCUCGCUGUCUGAGUACGGAGUCCUCGGUUUUGAGUUGGGUUUUGCGAUGGCGAGUCCCAACGCUCUGAUCCUGUGGGAGGCCCAGUUUGGAGAUUUCCACAACACGGCUCAGUGCAUCAUCGACCAGUUCAUCUGUCCCGGUCAGGCCAAGUGGGUCAGACAGAACGGCAUCGUGCUGCUGCUGCCACACGGCAUGGAGGGCAUGGGUCCAGAACAUUCUUCAGCUCGACCAGAGAGAUUCCUCCAGAUGUGCAAUGAUGAUCCAGAUGUCAUGCCUAACAUCACAGAGGACAUUGCGGUGCGUCAGCUCUACGACUGUAACUGGAUCGUGGUGAACUGUUCAUCUCCUGGAAACUACUUCCACGUUCUCAGACGACAGAUUCUCCUGCCGUUCAGGAAGCCUCUGAUCGUCUUCACUCCCAAAUCUCUGCUGCGUCACCCAGAAGCCAGAUCCGGCUUUGACGAGAUGCUGCCCGGAACUCACUUCCAGAGGUUGAUCCCGGAGGGAGGCGCGGCGUCGGAGCGUCCGGAGGAGGUGAAGAGGUUGAUCUUCUGCACGGGGAAGGUUUACUACGAGCUGACCAAAGAGAGGAAGAACAGAGGGAUGGAGGGGAACGUGGCCAUCGCGCGCAUAGAGCAGUUGUCUCCGUUCCCGUUCGACCAGGUGAAGGCCGAGUCGGAGCGAUUCUCCAACGCUGACCUGGUCUGGUGUCAGGAGGAGCACAAGAACCAGGGUUACUACGACUACGUGAAGCCUCGCAUCAGGACCACGAUCCAGAGAGCCAAACCUGUCUGGUAUGCUGGCAGAGAGCCGGCAGCAGCUCCGGCUACAGGAAACAAAAACACUCACCUGAUGGAGCUGCGGCGUUUCCUGGACGCCGCCUUCGACCUGGACGCGUUCAAAGAUCAGCAGUAAACCUGUGACCUGCAACACCUGGAAUAAACCCUCACCUGUCUCACCGCUGACCCCCGACCCUCCUGGAUUCAGACACACACUCAGACUGCAUCAUCAGCGCACGCACACACACAAACACACACACACACACACACACACACACACACACACACUGUAAAACUGUAGUCUGUAAAUUCUCUGUACUACUCAGCAAAUACUGCACAGGCUGCAAACAUCAUCAAGUACUGCAAAACUACACAGCGGAUCCCAACUACAAAUAAUCCCCCGACAGAUUAACACUGAGGUCAGAGUCUGUAGAAAUCGUUUCAGUCAAACACAGCAGCAGGUAGCCUGAACAACCAAAACACACCAAUUACAGCGGAAGUUUGACACCUUGUGUUCCUCCUUUUUACAAAAUAGGAAGCCGUUCACUGUGUACUGCUACUGUAGCGUACUGCCAGUAUUAGUACACAGUGUUUUAGGGCUGUCACUUUAUAGUUUAAAUGUGGACGGAAAAAUUUAAAACGUGAAGAAAUCAGUGAAAACGCGAAUUUAAAGGAUGUGAAAUAAUCUGUCUGAUUUAAAUGUCGGCGGCGAUCACGUCGUCUAGCAGAUAUCUCCCCUCUCAGCCGAUCGAUUGGUCUGGAUCUGGAGACACAGAUCCAUAUCCUCUACAUGUAAGAUGUCAGAAAGUAGUGAGAUGUUGAACAGACAUUUCCCACCGGCAGAUUUUCAGUCUAUAAACCAGAGGAAAACACUGGAGAAGCCGGAAGCACAGAGAGACAAGUGAUUCAUCGACUAUCAGAAUGAUUAUUUAUCUGCAGCGACUCACUCUUUAAAAAGAUGGUCAGUGAUCAGUUGGAUCAGAUCUAUCAAUGAACCGGUCUGUGGCAGGCCGCCAUAAACACCAGCGGAGCGGAGCCUGUUGGAGCAGCACAGUAAUCAACGCGCUGGCCCGUAUGCUCGGCUGUCCACAUACUUUUGGCCACCCGGUAUAGUUUUGGGCUUUAGGUUCAAGUUCCUUCAAAGUGGCCAUUGACAGCCCUGCGGUGUGUCCUGGGUGGUGUCAGUGUGUAGUGUGAAUGUGGGACACGCGGUGCAGCGGCCUGACACUGGAUGUGCACAACUUCUGCAGUACUGUGUUAGUAGUACAUAGACGUAUUGAGCAGUACAGUAGGGAGACUCAGCGCGCCGUCCGAAUACUGCGUGGACGGCAGCAGCGUCAGGCUCAGCUCCUCCGCCGGCAACGCGACUUUCUGAGCAACAAGUCGCCUCGACAUGGACGCGGCAGUUUCGGAUUUCAGAUGUAGUCUCACUGUGUUGCUUUGUUCACAACUGGGACUGAGGAUCGUUCGAUUUGUUUGUUGAUUAGUAACUUAAGCGUCUGACGAUUGGUUCAAAUACAGAGCGACUUUUUCUGAAGCUUCACUUUGAAAAAUAUAAACCUGGUUUGUUUUUUGUUUGUUUUUGUUUAAGAGAAUUAAGAGAAGAAGCCGAAGCUCUCGGAUGUUACAUGUUCUCACACUGGAGGCCACGUGAAGCAGGAAGAAUCCGACUCAUAAAGGAACAAUAACUCGAUCAGUUUGAUAAGUUUGAUGCUGCCAAGAUUCAGGUCUGGACGAUAAAUAUUUUGACAUUGUUUUGACGUGAGAAAAGAAAAACAGGUGAUUUUAUUGAGGGAAAACGUCUUAUUUCGUGUCCUUUGUGUCUAAAAAAAAACGGCAGUUUGAGCAGUUUAACUUUCAUUUGCGCAUUCAUUUGUUAUUGAUUGAUAAAAAUCAAUCGAUUUAUGUGCAGUUUGAGAACCAGGGGCUCUAAGCACAAGCAGCCAUGAAGAAACUUCACCUGAAUAAAAUUGGCAAAUUUUUGAAUUAGGUCUGGCACUGUAGGAUCAGCUUCUGCCGGCUUCCGGACCAUCUUUGAUGCUCCGUGCUGCGGAAACAUUUCCGUCGGGACCCAGGAGUUGCUCCAGAAGUCGUCGAGUGUCUCGUGACGCUCGGGUCGAGGCAUGAGGCAGCUUUUAGGGGCAACGCGCAGGUUUACUGCAACCUGAAGGAAAAUGAAGAGUUAGAUGAUUUUUUCUUUGUUGAGGCGACGUUGCUCCACAAAAAGUUGCAUCCAACCAUCUGACGGAGUUGAGCCUGAGCCUGAGCCUGAGCCUGAGCCUGAACCUGAACCUGGCCCUUCACGACCUUUGACCUGUCAACAUAUGCACCUUCCUCCGUCCACACACACACACACACACACACACACACACACACACACCCCCUCUCCUCCAGCUGUGUUAUAUAGCAGCAGAUCAGCAGUUAUCACGAAGCAGAUGAGAAAACAAACAAAAGUGACACCUCUUGUUUCCUCUCUCUCAUCUUCAUCCUCGUCACUCUUUCCAACAUCAUCUUCACCUGAAACGUUGCAGGAAACACUUUCUUUUUCCCUUUUUCUUUUUAAUGUCUCGUUAGCAUAGUUAGCGCUCCCCCCUGGAAACCAGUGCGGAGCGCAGCUAGCUGGGAGAAGUGAGAGCGACGUUGGAGGAUUGGCGUCACUGUCACUUCAGCAGGUGGAGGCGUUUUGGCCUUUCAGCAGGUGCGUUCGCUCGUUAAGGAAAGUCUGUAAUUAGUCACCACGGUAACGCUUCAGUCGCACACUGAGGUUUUAUUUUAUUCAUCUUUUAUUUUGGAGGGGUAUUUGGGGAGUAAAAUGGCGGCGGUCUCCCUACAUGAACUCAACCAAAUGCACUGCUGAAGAUUAUAGUUUAACCCCUCGGCUUCUGGCUCCCUCUCCGCUCCGGCCAGCGUUUACCCUGUGCCAAACUGGAUCGGAGCGCCUCAUCUUUUGAUUCUUUUUCGCCUCGAGCAGCUGAAUGAACUGUCGGCAGGGGGGAAAAAGUCUCCUGGUUUGAAGCAGACAGAAUAAACGACAGCAGAGGAUGAAAUCAGCUGCAGGUAGCGUUCUGGGCUUCUGUGCGACAAAGAAAAUGAUUUAUUUAUUUUCAUAAUAGGGGAUUGAAUUUUUCUUCAUUAUUUUGCUUCAUUCAAUAAAGAAAUACUGU